AUGGGGCGCUACUCGGGCAAGACCUGCCGCCUGAUCUUCAUGCUGGUGCUGACCUCCGGCUUCUUCGUGGCCGAGCUGGUCUCCGGCUACCUGGGCAACUCCAUCGCGCUGGUGUCGGACUCGUUCAACAUGCUCUCGGACCUCAUCUCGCUGUGCGUGGGCAUCGCCACCGGGCGCAUCUCCCGCCGCGCCCGCCGGGGCCCCGGCGCCACCUAUGGCUACGGCCGCGCCGAGGCGGUGGGGGCGCUUAGCAACGCCGUCUUCCUCACCGCCCUCUGCUUCACCAUCCUGGUGGAGGCGGUGCUGCGCCUGGCCCGGCCCGAGCGCAUCGACGGCCCCGAGCUGGUGCUCAUCGUAGGGGCGCUGGGCCUGGCCGUCAACCUGGUGGGGCUGCUCGUCUUCCAGGACUGGGGCUCCUGCUGCGGCCGCCUGCAGCCCCGCGCCGCCGCCCCGGAGCAGCUCCAGGCGGUGCCCGGCCCCGGGCGGGAGGAGGCGGCAGUGGUGGAGUGUCAGGAGGCCGUUGAAGCAGGUGAUUCCCUGAACACUCAGAAGAGGCCUGAAGAGCAGACAGUACAGAAAAAAGAGAAAAAGUCUGAAGCUUUGAACAUCAGAGGUGUUCUUUUACAUGUGAUGGGAGAUGCACUUGGAUCUGUGAUUGUGGUAGUUGCUGCUGCAAUAUUCUAUGCACUUCCCCUGGAUGCCAAUACUCCGUGUAACUGGCAAUGUUACAUUGAUCCAAGCCUGACAUUAGUUAUGGUGGUCAUCAUUUUAUCCUCUGCCUUCCCACUUAUCAAAGAGACCACAACCAUUUUACUGCAGAUGGUUCCCAAAGGUGUUAAUAUGCAAGGACUGACGGAAAGACUAACUGAUGUGCCAGGGGUUAGCAGCCUUCAUGAGGUGCAUGUCUGGGAACUGGCAGGUGGGAAGAAUAUUGCCACCCUUCAUGUCAAGUGCCAAACCACUUCUGAUUACCAAGAUGCCUCUUAUAAAAUGCGGGAGGUUUUCCACGAAGCAGGGAUCCAUUCUGUAACCAUCCAACCGGAGUACAUUGACCACAAGACCUCUGAGCUAAUAUGCAGCUCACCCUGUAUCUCAAAAGCUUGUGCUUCUCAGUUGUGUUGCCCUCAGCAGGAAGUUGCACUUACUCAUGAUAAUGGUUGUCUUGAGAAAAAUGGCCUUUCCCCAACACUGCAUAAAAACAAUAGUUUAAAUAAAAAUGCUGUUGAAAUUCCUACUGAGCAUACAUUGGCAGGGGCUAUAAUUAAAAAUACAGACAACUGUAAAAAAUCAGAUGACAAAUCAUAUCUACACAGUACACACUUUUAAAACAGUUAAUUUUACACUUCAUAAUUUUUGUAUAGAACAAAGCCUAAUGGCCAAAAAAGUCAGCGGCCAUUGGUCGGAGCUGAAGUGCGUGUUGGAAAAGCCGUCUCUGUUGUAGCUAUAAACCAAAACAUAUGUAAAAACCUGUUAUCUGAAAUAAGGAUUAUUAUCAUCUUAAUUUUUUGCAUUCACUUAAAAUAGUUAUAAUGCAAUUUAACACUAAUUUCUUAAGCUAACUAGAUGGGAAUUUUUAUUUUUAGAGUGUAGCAGGUGUACUGUAGUGUAGAUUGAUGCUCACGGUUUAUAGCCAAUGGCACUGGGAAUUAAACUCUGGUCUUUUUACUGAAAUGGGCUGCUUAAAGAAAGCCCUGUAGUGUGUUGAUGAUUCUACUGGACUGAACUAUUGUAUCAUCAUUAAGGAAUUUAGUAGAUAUGUUUUUCGCUAAUCCUUUAACUCAGUUUACAUAGUCAGGAAUUUUCAGUUGUAACCAUAACUCUUGUGCUUCUGAACUGUGAGCUUGUGAAUGAAAUCAAAGUGUCUGAUAGCUGGAAAACACACACAGGAAUGUUUGACUUUUAUUAUUUUCUGGACUGCCUCUUGUUUUGAGGAGAUGGAACAGAAGCUGAUUUCUUCUCUAAUAGUAUAUUAUAUGGUAAUAUUUAUUUCUGAUUAACGUAAAGAAUGCACUUGCCGACAUUAAAGCACAGGAACAUUUGAUAAUUAAUUUUGAAUGAUGAUUGUAUCUACUCUAGUAAAUGGAAAUGUAGACACUCAUCCAAUUAAUUCUGUGUUUGUUCACCAUUUUGAUUGUAAAAUUCAAUUUGUUUUGCUGACCAAAGUAAUUGUAAUAACUACAACUGGGUCCAGUGUGUCAAGUUAGGUGGGAAUUACUGUGAUUUCUUUAACAUACCGUAUCUUAGUUUUCAUUCAUAAUGAAUAAAUAAGCUAGUGUUACCUAUUCAUGAAUAGCUUUGAGUCUGCAAUUCCAUUCUUUUCAGUAAGACACAGUUCAAUCUUUUGUUUAUUAAGAAAGUUACUUAAAAUUUGAUAUAUAAUUUUUAUGCUUAAAGGGAACUUUUUAAAAACUAUGGCAAUUUAUUGUCUUGAUUUUAUCAUGGUAGCUUCUUUGGGUUCAUUGUAAAGGUUUUAAGCGUCCCACCCUCCCCCACAGAGCUGUAUUUCAAAACAUUAUAUUAUGUGCACAAAUUCCACUACCACUAGGAAAUGUAGCCUCCUAGUUCUGUUUUUAGAAUCCAUUCUCAGGUGCUUUGAGGAAAAAUAAGACACCUCACCCUAGUACCAGGGUUGGGCUUAGGCCUGGGCUGAGUCUACUUUUCCAAGAGGGAACUAGAACCUAUGUACCCUGGCUGAGAACCACUUGACCUCGCCUUGUUAGGCAGCUCAGCUCUACCAGUGAUCACAAUCAGAACCUUCAGCUUGUGUUCAUUGUCAAAAGCAGCCUUUCAAUAUCUUACUCACCGAGGGUACACUCCCUGUUUAUCUGCUGGCCCAUAAUUCAGCAUCACCUUGUGAGGAUGGGCAAAGAGAUUCUGUACCUGGGCUGCUAAAUUUCCAGGAUCCGUAGGUUAGGCUGGUUUAAAAGUAGCACAGCCAUGUUUUGUACAGCAAUUACAUCCUCUUAAAAUAAUCUUAAAGGCAAGACUUAAUAAAGCAUACAGCCCGAUUUCUCAUUGCUUGAGAACUUCCAUUUUCUGAAAAAGCCAUUGAAAUCAACAUAACAGGUAAUACCCAUUUAAGAUCUAUAUUUAUCCUCUUUAAGCAGGUUUUAUCUCAGGUAAAUAGAUCUAUUUUUAUUAUAUAGAUUAAAUUGCAUGUCGACAUUGCAGUCUUUUUGACCCAGUCAUCCCAUUGACAUCAGUUGGAGAUUUGGUUGUGUAAGGACUGUAGAGUCAUGCUAUAAGGGUGUUGCCCAAAGUGCCAAGUCAGGAAACCAACAUCUUUUUAUACUGCUCUGCCUUUUAAAAGAAUAUGGCAUGAGCAUAGGACCGCCCUUGCUUCUGUUGGGUUGGUAUAUAACUAUGGUGUUAUUUAAAUGUAGUUUCCUUUGUAUCUAACUUAUUUAUAUUUCCUUUUGAGAAUGAAAGAAGAAAUGGCAAACUCUUUCCCCCAAAAUCAUAAAUAUUAGUAUGAUGGAACUUUAAAAAAAAAUCCUACCUUCACACUUGGGUACAUAUAUCUUAAAUCAAGUUACCAUGUUUUGUAUUAAGUUUGAAAGAUUGGUUGUCAGUAUUGUUUAUUACUCUGGAAUUAAAAAAAAACGAAUAAGUGUGUAAUGCCUUGAUGUUUGCUUAUAUAGACCAUCUUCUCUCUCUUUUCCCCCCUCCAAUGUUUGAUAAAGUGGUGGUUACCUACUUCUCAGGUUCUUCAAAGUAUUGUAACCUGAAUGUAUAGUGAAAUAAUUCUCUUCUACUUGUAUGCUUACCUGUUAAUAUUAAUAUACUUUAUCUGUGACCUAUGAAUAGAUAAGCAAAUAACAGGGACUAUAGAAAUCUUCAGGUACAGAAAUCAAAUAGCUUCAGACUUUGCUUCAUUGUACUAAAUCUGUUUACAUUACUUAAAAGCAUUUAAUUAUGAAGAUGGGCCUUGCCUUCUCUCUGUAGGGAUGAUGAGCACUUUCAGGAUAGUAACAGGACAGGAAACCUGGUAGGAUCAAGUCUCUGCCUUUAUUUAGGAUUGUGCUACACAAUACUUUCUUCCUCAAAAUACUUUUCUUAAGUCCACUACAAAACUAGUUAUACUGGUUGCUCGUGUUGCUCCUCUU